GAAAAAAGGCACAAAAAAGACAAAUACCGGCUUAUUUUAAAGAUUUCUAUGCUGUUCUUUUUGCAUUUAAGAAAGUACAUUUCGUAAUGUACUAAUUUAAUUUUUCCGCGGACACCACCGACGCCUGAUAUGUGGAAACGGGAAAUAUUAACCUUUAUUGAUCGCGGUUUGUCCGGACUGAUGGCGGCGGCAGCAUCCAGUGCCCGGCAGGGACGCAAGUUCGCCGAGGGCACGCAGCCCUUCACUGUGCUCAUCGAGGGCAACAUCGGGAGCGGAAAGACUACGUAUCUGAACCACUUUGAGAAGUACAAGAACGACAUUUGCCUGCUCACCGAGCCCGUGGAGAAGUGGCGCAACGUCAACGGCGUCAACCUGCUGGAGCUGAUGUACAAGGACCCCGAGAAGUGGGCCAUGCCCUUUCAGAGUUAUGUCACGUUGACCAUGCUGCAGGCGCAUACGGCGCCCACCGACAAGAAGCUAAAAAUAAUGGAGCGCUCCAUUUUUAGCUCGCGCUACUGCUUCGUGGAGAACAUGCAUCGCAAUGGCUCCCUGGAGGAGGGGAUGUUCAACACGCUGCAGGAAUGGUACAAAUUCAUCGAUGAGUCCAUCCACGUGCAAGCCGAUCUCAUCAUUUACCUGCGCACCUCGCCCGAGGUGGCGCACGAGCGCAUACGCCAGCGGGCCCGCUCCGAGGAGAGCUGUGUGCCGCUAAAGUACCUCCAGGACCUGCACGAGCUGCACGAGGACUGGCUGAUACAUCACCGCCGACCGCAGACCUGCAAGGUUCUGGUUCUCGACGCCGAUCUGAAUCUGGAAAACAUUGGCAGCGAGUACCGGCGCUCGGAGACCAGCAUUUUUGACGCAAUCUCCGGCAACCAUCAACCAUCUCCAGUGCUGGUCUCACCCAGCAAGCGCCAGCGUGUCGCUAGAUAGCCCCAGCUCCUGACCAAUUCCUUAACAUAUAUCGUAUCCUAAGAUCCUAAGUGUGUGUAGUAACAAUUUAGUUUAAGCGGCGCCUUCGCGGGACAAUGGCCAGGAUAUCCUACUGCUACCCAACUAACACUUCAAUCCCGAAACGCAUUCGUAUUUUAACAAUUAUAAUCCGCAUUAUAUUCUCUUCACAUAAACCUAACUAGUGAGUAAGAUGAAAAUUGUAAAAGCUGCUAGACAACUGUAUUGUAGACAAAGGGCAAAAUGCAUUUGUGUUUAAAUGUUUCCUAAAUAUAUUCAUUACUAUAGAAAAA